CGGUCCCCCCCGGCUCCCGGAACUCUCCCGGCGCCGGCCAUGGUGCGGAUCGAGACCGUGAAGACCAAGCCCUAUGGCGACCAGAAGCCGGGCACCAGCGGGCUGCGCAAGCGGGUCACGGUGUUCCAGAGCAAUGUCCACUACACCGAGAACUUCAUCCAGAGCAUCCUGGCCACGGUGCCGCCCGCAGAGCGCCAGGAAGCCACGCUCGUGGUGGGGGGCGACGGCCGCUUCUACAUGAAGGACGCCAUCCAGCUCAUCGUCCGCAUCGCCGCCGCCAACGGGAUUGGGCGCUUGGUCAUCGGGCAGAACGGGAUCCUGAGCACCCCGGCCGUGUCCUGCAUCAUCCGCAAGAUCAAGGCCAUCGGGGGCAUCAUCCUGACAGCCAGCCACAACCCCGGGGGGCCCAGCGGGGACUUUGGCAUCAAAUUCAACAUUGCCAAUGGAGGUCCUGCUCCUGAAGCCAUCACGGAUAAAAUUUUCCAAAUCAGCAAGAAAAUCGAGGAGUAUGCCAUCUGCCCAGAUCUCCAGGUGGAUUUGAGCACCAUUGGGAAGCAGCAGUUUGACUUGGAGAACAAAUUUAAACCCUUUACAGUGGAAAUUGUGGACUCUGUGGAAGCUUAUGCCAACAUGCUGAGGAAUAUCUUUGACUUCAGUGCAUUAAAGGAGCUGCUUUCAGGGAAAAACCACCUCAAGAUCCGCAUCGAUGCCAUGCACGGAGUUGUGGGCCCUUAUGUGAAGAAGAUCCUGUGUGAGGAGCUGGGAGCCCCAGCAAACUCAGCUGUGAACUGCACCCCACUGGAGGACUUUGGGGGCCACCACCCUGACCCCAACUUAACCUACGCUGCCGACCUGGUCCAGACCAUGAAGACGGGAGAGUACGACUUUGGAGCUGCCUUUGAUGGAGAUGGGGAUCGCAACAUGAUCCUGGGCAAGCACGGCUUCUUCGUGAACCCCUCCGACUCCGUGGCCGUCAUCGCUGCCAACAUUCUCAGCAUCCCGUACUUCCAGCAGACCGGAGUCCGGGGGUUUGCCCGGAGCAUGCCCACCAGCGGGGCCCUCGACAGGGUGGCCCAGGCUACAAAGAUCGCUCUGUAUGAGACUCCAACAGGCUGGAAGUUCUUUGGAAACCUGAUGGAUGCAAACAAACUGUCUCUGUGUGGAGAGGAAAGUUUUGGAACUGGCUCCGACCACAUCCGGGAGAAGGACGGGCUGUGGGCUGUGCUGGCCUGGCUGUCCAUCCUGGCCACCCGCAAGCAGAGCGUGGAGGACAUCAUGAAGGACCACUGGCAGAAGUACGGCAGGAACUACUUCACCAGGUACGACUAUGAGGAGGUGGAUGCGGACGCAGCCAACAAAAUGAUGAAGGAUUUGGAGGCGGUGAUGUUCGACCGCUCCUUCGUGGGGAAGCAGCUGUCGUGUGGGGACAAGGCCUACACGGUGGAGAAGGCUGAUAACUUUGAGUACAACGACCCCGUGGAUGGAAGUGUCUCCAAAAACCAGGGCUUGCGGCUCAUCUUCUCCGAUGGCUCCCGGAUCAUCUUCCGGCUGAGCGGCACCGGCAGCGCGGGAGCCACCGUGCGGCUCUACAUCGACAGCUACGAGAAGGACGCACAGAAGAUCCACCAGGAUCCACAGGUGAUGUUGGCCCCUCUCAUCUCCAUUGCACUGAAGCUCUCCCAGCUCCACGAGCGGACCGGCCGCACCGGGCCCACCGUCAUCACAUAGAGCGGCACUGCCACGGGAUGCACGCAGGGAAGGUCAGCCCACCUCCCCUUGACCCAUCUGUCCCUGAGAGAGGAAUGGUCAUUUUAUCCUUGUAUUUAAGAACACUGUUUUGCUGCUAAGGAUAGACAAUAAUAAACCCCAGCCCUCAGCA